AACUCAAACCGAUCACUCGCAUUCCCAUCAGUCAAUACAGACCUAACCCAUUUACAAAAAUGUUCAAGUUGGUGGUAUUGUCUGCUCUGCUCGCCGUAGCCGCUGCCCGUCCCGGUCACCUGUUGGAGUCCUCCCCGCUGGUCUAUGCCGCACCAGCUGCCACGACCAUUGUCCAGGAGCCAGUUCUGGCCAAGGUAGGAGCCGUUGUCAAGAGCGUGCCCACUGCUGUGAGCCACCAGAGCCAGUCGGUGGUCCAUAGCUCAGCCCAUGUUGUCGAGGACAUCGUUGCCCCAGUGGUGAAGUCCACUCCUGUGGUCAGCUAUGCCGCUCCUGCUCCCGUGGUCCACACCUCCUAUGCUGCUGCUGCUCCCGUUGUCCAGACCUAUGCAGCUCCUGCUCCAGUUGUCCAUACCAGCUAUGCCGCUGCUGCUCCCGUUCUGGCCACAUCCUACGCCCAGGUUGCCGCCUCCUCGCCGCUGACCUACACCGCCACAGGUGUGUGGUAAAACAGCUACCAGCCCCUCUCCGAUUCCCACUCCUCCAACCGCUGCCAGGUGACCAGGAUGCGUGUGCAUCGCUGGACGGUUAUGUGAUACGAAUUUAAAAUAAAUAAAUGUUUUGCUUUGAAA